AUGAAGGAUUCGCUAAAGCGCCAUAACAGGCCCAAAAUGAAGAAGAAGCAUGAUUCUGUUGAAAAUAAUUCAAAUGAUUCCAAUUCAAAUAUAGAACAUAGACCAUUCUCCAAAGAUGACAUUGGGUUUGAAAAUGACUUAACUUACUUAUUGACACACGAAGAAGUUCAAACGCCAGAGCCAGAAGUAUAUCUACCUACUGAUAAAUUCAAAGAAAUCAAGAUUGAAGUGGAAAAAAAUUCAUCCAUCACUGAAAAGGGGAGAGAAACUAUAGGUAACAACGGUAAGAAAAAGAAUGGAAAACAUGGGAGACGUAAUAUCGGAGAAACAAAUUUUACGGUUUCGGAUGUUAUACUGGAUAUGAUUGAUCUAAAUUUCUCUAGCGAUAACGAGGAGGAAGUCUAUGUUGUUGAAGUGGCUUCUGAUAAGUCUACAAAGAAAAAGAACAAGGACAAACAAAAGGAAAAGAAAACCAAGAAUGCCAAGAAUGUCGUGGAGAAUGUUGGAGACGAUAGCAAAGUUAUUAAUGUAGGAAGGAAAGAUAACUUACAGUUAGCCAAAAACACAAACACAAAUACAACGUUAACCUCAAAGAACGGGAAUGAGAAGGAGGAGAAGGAGGAGAAUGAGCAGGAGCAGGAGGAGAAGGAGCAGGAGAAAGAGUUGGCGGUAGAGAAAGAGAAGAAGAAAAAAAGGAGAAAAAGAGGAAAUAAGAAGUCACUUGACCAAGGUAAUAUAGGGUCUAAUCAAAAAACCAUUACGCACAACGAAGAAGAAACCAUAUUUAAAGAACUAGACAAAAAAUCGUCAGAGAAGCUUCUUGAAAAGGCGGCUUUAAUAAACCACUCUACUCCACUUUCGAUAACCAAAGAGAACGAGGAAGAGGAAAAGAAAGAAAAAGAAGAGGAAAAACUUGUAGAUACCCAAGAAGAAGCUGCAAAUGAAAGCCAACAAGAAGCUAGACAUAUUUUAAUAAAAAACGAUGAAAAUUUACAAGAUGAAACCAGAAAACUAAAGAAAAAAUCCAAGCGAAAUAGAAAUCGAACAAAGGCCAAUUUAUUAAAUGCGGAAUCUAAACACCCUGAGAAGAUUGAUGAACGCAAAAGCUUGGAAACUUGUGACAAUAAGAGCAUUUCUUGCAAUAAAAACUUUCCAAAACACAAAGAUGGCUUUGUCAACAAAGAUGUAUUUACGGAAGAUGAUAUGCAUCCUAGACGCGAGUGUGAAAACUUUUCGAAUGAAGCAAAAGGUGCAAGUAACAAGAGGAGGGAGAAGCUACUGGAUUUGGUUACUAAAAGAACAGCUCCGGAGACUAAUUCUUGCACUAGUGAAGAUGACAACUACGCUAAAUUGCCAAAACACGACACAGUAGCGGACCCAAUUGCCGGCUCGAAUAAGAUCCUUUCCACUCAGUCAAAACUUAAAAGCAAGAAAGCAAGGAAAUUAAAGGAUUCAUGUGAAGAGGUUACCGGUAGCAAGGAAGAGCAUGAAAUGGAAUUUCCAAUGCAACUCUUCCCAAAGCUGCAAGACAAGAAUGAAAUUGUGAAAGAAAUAGAGGUAGAGAAAGACACGAGUAUAAUUGAACUGGAUAAGUCUUCUAAUGUUAACCGUGACACGUUACUCGAAUCUAAAGCUUCGAGCGCUUUAAAACCAAUAUUCAAACAACCAGUUCAAAAUGACCUUUAUGCACAAGAUUCAAAACCUUUGAGAUUCGGUGUGAGACUUAACUCUAUAAGUUCAAAUACUUUAGGAAAAAGCGUAGCAGAUAAGUUACCAGAGAUCCAUCCUAUCAGAACAAUAUUUGGCGUGUCACAUCGCCAGAUCUUGGACUGUGAUAUAUCAGAUGUCAAGAUCAAGACAAUCAUGAAUGCCUCUUCAGUUUCAAAAUAUUCAGUAAUUGGAAGAACAUUCGCUGCAAAAUAUUCUGAGACUCUUUUUGGCGAUGAAGAACUCAAAAGGAUGUUUUUAGAGUUGUGUAUAAGCGUCGCCUUGUAUGAAUCUCUGGGUUUCAAGCAAACAUUACUGAAGAAUAUUUCGUUGUCUGAGGUGCUUGAAAAAUAUGACGAGUUGAAAUUAGACAAUACGAGGACGACAAUCACGGUAUCUGGUAAAGUGUCACAUUCAAAUAAUUUCGAUUACUCCAUCUUUGCUUAUUUGGGCCACAUAUUAAUAUGGGCUAUAUCCUUACAACGUGAAUCCCAAAUGCCAGUACUUUGUGGGGAUCUUCCGAUCGAUGUAUCACCAGGUAAAGUUAAAUCUAAAAUUGGAGGACUUCACUUAUGGGAUAGGCUCUAUAGAGACUGUAAAGAGAUGAAUUCGAAAAGAUGGAAACACAUUCAAAAAUUCAGAAACAGUUUUCCUUACGAAGAAGAUCAAUUUGUUGUAAUUUUGCGAUUCAUGAAAAUUUCAAACAUGCCAUAA